AGAAGCACGUCGCUCAGGAGUUUCUGCAAACGUCUCGGCGUGUGCAGUUUGCGCUUUGAGAGCCUCCAGAUGGAUCGUUUCCAAUUUAUUCCAGGAAAGAGAUGCUUCUUUAUUCAUGGAUUAUGUUGCAGAGCCGUAUUGCGACUGUCUUAACUUGUUGUCGUUGAAAAUGUAGAUAACAAACAAUCUCAAGAGAGCAAAAGUGUUCAGUGAAAGUGGAAAUGCAUGAGGCCCUGGUUCUGCUUAUCCUGAUAGAGGAGGGCUUCGCACUGGCACAGAAAACUCAAGCUUUGCCCCAGAAUGUGGCUGUUGAGGAUAAAAAACCGGCUCACUGCGGGACUUUGAUCCAGACGGCUAAUGGAGGAUCAUUCAGUUCUCCAAACUACCCCAACACUUACCCUCCAAACAAGGAGUGCGUGUACAUCCUGGAGGCCCAUCCACGGAAGAGAAUCCAGCUCGUCUUUGAUGACAUCUACUACAUCGAGCCGUCCUUUGAGUGCCGCUUUGAUAAUAUUGAAAUCCGUGAUGGGCCGUUUCUGUUCUCUCCGUUGAUUAAUCGGUUCUGCGGGGCAAAGGGUCCAGGAAUCGUCACCUCUUCUGGACGCUUCAUGUGGAUCAGGUUUACCAGCGAUGAGGAGCUGGAGGGACUGGGCUUCAGGGUGGAGUAUUCAUACACCGCAGAUCCUGACUUUCAUCUCCAUAUUGGGGGACUCUUAAAUCCCAUUCCAGACUGUCAGUUUGAAAUGUCUGGAUCGGAUGGUAUAAUCAGAUCUAGUCAAGUUGAGGAGGAAAACAAGGUGAAAUCAGGGGAAGCACUGGAUUGUAUUUGGACCAUACGAGCUCCACCGAUGUCUAAGAUCUAUCUCCGCUUUCUGGACUAUCAGUUGGAGAACUCAAACGAGUGUAAGAAGAACUUUGUUGCAAUCUACGAAGGCAGUAAUGCCAUUGAAGAUCUGAAGGCCAAGUUCUGCAGCACCGUUGCCAACGACAUCACGCUUGACAACGCUGUGGGCGUGGUCAGAAUGUGGGCCGACGAGACCAGCAAACUGAGCCGCUUCCGUAUGCUCUUCACGGUCUUCGCCGAACCUCCGUGUUUGGCCAACACAUUCUUCUGUCACAGCAACAUGUGCAUCAACAACACUCUGGUUUGUAAUGGUGUUCAGAACUGCGUGUUUCCCUGGGACGAGAACAACUGCAAAGAAAAGAAGUCUAAAAGUUUCUUCCAACAGAUGAGUAAAACUCAUGGCACUGUGAUUGGAGUGUCUUCUGGUGUGGUCUUGCUGCUUCUCAUCAUAUCUGUAUUUAUACAGAUGAAGCAGCCGAGAAAGAAGGUCUUGAGCCGCAGGGGUUUGUUCAGCGCCGCAGAGAUGCAGGAGGUGCUGGAGCCUCCUCAGUACGAGCUCUUCUCCAUGCGGGAAGCCGAGCUGCCGGAGGAUCUGUCGGAGGAGCUGGAGAACCUGCAGAAGCUGCGCCGCUCCUCCAGCGUCUCCCGCUGCGUCCACGAGCAUCACUGCGGCGCCCCGAGCGGCUCCGCCUCCGCCGCCAUGGCGACCAGAGCGCAUCAUCUCUCGCACGGCUCCGACGAGAUGAGCACGGUGGUCGGAGCCAGAGGCUGGGGCAGCUUCCACGGACGCAGGAGCAGCUCGCGCUCGCACCCUUUCACGCACGACCCACGAGCCCACGCCUACAGCGCUCAGAGUCUGAGAGAGGCCCUGGAAGACGAGGAGCUGGGGCUGGAGGAGCGCGUGAUGGAGGAGAUCGGCUACAACGAUUUUAUCACCCGCGGACGCAACGUGGUGAUGGUACGUAAUCACGCCAACCCUGUCCAGCAGCGCUCUCUCUCUAUGGACUUCUGAGUGGAGCAGAAGUCACCUGACACUUUAUUCGUCAUGUAAAAACGCGUAGCUGUAAAUGUUUGCCCACACCUUCUUUUAUUAUUUUACUAUUUUGUUUCAACGUUUCUCUUGUCGUUCUCUGUACUGAUUUCAAGCCAAGUCCAGUAUUUUUUUUUUUUUAUUGGUGUAAGUCUCAUUCCUCAAAACCAGAUUAUUUAGGCCAUGGCUUAAAUUAAGUUUUUAUCACACCUGCUGUGGUGGGUGAAUAUCUCCAUACUGGCCAUGAUAUGGUAUUUUGUAUUACUUAUUAGUCUUUAGUCUACAUUUUUUGCAUAUGUUUAUGACCUUCAGCUCAUGUCUUUGUGUCACCAUGAGCCUAGAAGAUUUUGUUACUAAUAAAUUUAGUUGAUUGCAAAGAAGCGUCCACUUUUACUACCAUGUAAAGGUUUAAGGUACAAUAAAAAUUCUGAAAUAUCACUGCAAUUAAA